AUGCAACAAUUACCCAUUGAUGACCGACUUACUGCUGAGUUCGUUAACAUUGAUGAUCACAUGCCAAUUACAGCAAUUCCAACUCCUGAAGAAAUUCUCACAUCAUUGCGAGAACCAGAAGAAGAUGAUGAAGAAUUACCAAUGAAACUAUCACUUAGCGAAGCCAAGGUAUCGUUGGAAAAAUUUGGCACUUUUUUUGGCCAAUCCACCCAAUGGUAUAAAUGGCAAGUGGAGGCCAAUAUUGCGUUAAUCUCGCUUGCGAAACCACACGCCAUAAAAGCGUAUCCACUCGGGUGA